AUGGACCCCGCGUCUGGGGCCGGGGACCUGGAGACCGCCCGGCUGGUGAGCGCCCGGGGCAGCCGCAGCACCGGCACCCGGCGCCUCAAGAGCCAGAGCCGUGCGGCACGGCAGGCCUGCCAGAAGCUGGGCACCGCCUGCGCCAUCUGCUUCGUCUUCAUGGUCGGCGAGGUUGUGGGCGGGUACCUGGCACACAGCCUGGCCAUCAUGACUGAUGCUGCCCACCUGCUGGCGGACGUGGGCAGCAUGUCGGUCAGCCUCUUCUCCCUGUGGGUCUCCGCCAGGCCGCCCACCAAGGCCAUGACCUUCGGCUGGCACCGCUCAGAGACGCUGAGCGCCCUGGCCUCGGUGCUGUCCAUCUGGGUCGUGACCGGAGUCCUGGUGUACCUGGCCUCAGCCCGCAUCAUCAGCAACGACUACGAGAUCGACGCACGUGCCAUGCUGGUCACCUCCGCCUGCGCCGUGGGCAUCAACAUCAUCAUGGCCUACAUCCUGCACCAGUCGGUCACGGGCCACGGCCACGCCCGGGGCUACGAGAAGAUGGAGGAGAGUCCUGGCUGCUGCGCGCCCCCCGGGAGCCCCCUGCCCGGCAGCACCAGCGUGCGCGCCGCCUUCGUGCAUGUGGUGGGGGACCUACUGCAAAGCCUUGGGGUGCUGACAGCUGCCACCGUCAUCUACGUGGAGCCCCAGUACAAGAUCGCAGACCCCAUCAGCACCUUCCUCUUCUCCGUCUUCGUGCUGGGCUCCACCAUCACCAUCCUCAGGGACGUCUUCCGGGUGCUCAUGGAAGGGGCGCCGCGGGGUGUCGAGUUCAGUGCAGUGAAGGACGUGCUGCUGGCCGUGAAGGACGUGAAGGACGCCCACAACCUGCACCUCUGGGCCCUGACCCUCAGCCACCACGUGGUGUCUGUGCACGUGGCAGUCGGUGCCGGCGCGGACAUGGAAGACGUGCUGCAGGAAGCCACCGCCCAGCUGCAGAGCACCUUUGGCUUCGUCUCGUGCACGGUGCAGGUGGAGCGGUACCUGGAGGACAUGGCCGCCUGCCGCCAGUGCCAGGACCCCCGGGACUGAGCACCGGGCCCGCAGCGCUCGGCACCAGAGAUGGAGACGCCCCAGCCCCAGCCUCUGCUCUGCCCAGCAGGCCGCCACG